ACCUUCAGUACUCCUUCUCACUGUCUCUAACACCGCUCUCUCUCUCUCUGUCUCUCUCCCUCUCUCUCCCCAUCCGUCCAGAUCUAAACUCACUUCACAUGGCCAAGAUCCAGUUCGUCAAAGCACGACAGAUCUUCGACAGCCGUGGAAAUCCGACGGUCGAGGUUGAUGUUGGUCUAGAUAAUGGUAUCAAAGCUAGAGCUGCUGUUCCAAGUGGGGCAUCCACUGGAGUCUAUGAAGCACUUGAAUUAAGAGAUGGAGGGUCUGACUACCUUGGUAAAGGUGUAUCAAAGGCUGUUGAUAAUGUCAACUCAAUUAUUGGCCCUGCACUCAUUGGCAAGGAUCCAACGGAACAGACUGCGAUUGAUAAUUUCAUGGUUCAACAACUUGAUGGAACUGUAAAUGAGUGGGGUUGGUGCAAGCAAAAGCUUGGAGCAAAUGCUAUAUUGGCCGUGUCUCUUGCUGUUUGCAAAGCUGGUGCUAGUGCCCUGAAUAUUCCCCUUUACAAGCAUAUCGCCAACCUUGCCGGAAACAAGAAGCUGGUGUUGCCAGUUCCUGCUUUUAAUGUCAUCAAUGGCGGAUCACAUGCAGGAAAUAAACUUGCUAUGCAGGAGUUUAUGAUUCUUCCGGUUGGAGCUGUUACUUUCAAGGAGGCAAUGAAAAUGGGUGUGGAAGUCUAUCACCAUUUGAAGAGUGUGAUUAAAAAGAAGUACGGUCAAGAUGCAACAAAUGUUGGUGAUGAAGGUGGCUUUGCUCCUAAUAUUCAGGAGAACAAGGAAGGCCUUGAAUUACUUAAAACCGCUAUUGCUAAAGCCGGUUAUACAGGAAAGGUCGUUAUUGGAAUGGAUGUUGCUGCAUCUGAAUUUUAUGGUGCGUCCGACAAGAGCUAUGAUUUGAACUUCAAGGAAGAAAACAAUGAUGGCUCACAAAAGAUCUCAGGAAAGGAGCUCAAGGAUCUCUACAAGUCAUUUGUGAGUGAAUACCCUAUUGUAUCAAUUGAAGAUCCGUUUGACCAAGACGACUGGGAGCACUACGCCUUGAUGACGAGUGAAAUUGGCGAAAAAGUACAGAUUGUGGGAGAUGAUCUCUUGGUCACUAAUCCCAAGAGAGUUGAGAAGGCAAUCAAGGAGAAAUCUUGCAACGCACUUCUUUUGAAGGUUAAUCAAAUUGGAUCUGUAACUGAGAGCAUUGAAGCUGUGAGAAUGUCCAAGCAUGCUGGUUGGGGAGUAAUGGCCAGUCACCGCAGUGGAGAGACAGAGGACACUUUCAUUGCUGAUCUCUCUGUGGGUUUGGCAACGGGCCAAAUUAAGACGGGAGCUCCAUGCAGAUCAGAGCGUCUUGCCAAGUAUAAUCAGGUUAACAUCUUUGUCUUUUCAUGUGCACCAUCUCUUUGUUUCUUUUCUGGCUUUGCUUCCAAUUCAGGCUGUGUUUGGAUCUCUGAUUUGAAGUAGGAUGUUUGAGGGUUGAAGGAAACUAAAAUAUUAGCUUCACAAGACCCUCUUAUCAUUUCAAUCUUGAAACAAACCUUUUCUGUCUUGGCGUACUUAAGACUGAAUUUCCACAGGCUAAUUGUUUCAGACUGAAUUGAAAGUGAGAAAUGUUUUAAGCCUUUUGAUGUUGUUUUAUGCAUACACAGCUCUUGCGAAUUGAAGAGGAGCUUGGUUCUGAGGCAGUGUAUGCAGGAAAGAGCUUCCGCAUGCCCGUUGAGCCCUAUUAGAUGACUCGGAGUUUACUGCGUUGACCACAGUUUUCUGCGCAAUGUCUCGGCUUUGGAGUAAUAAAUCUCUCGGUGUAGAAUUUAGUCUAGUUAAAUUAGACCUGACACCUGUUUUUAAUAAUGACAACUCAGAAGUUUUGCUCUGAGGCUGUGGUCAUGGUGGUUGGCCUGGUAUUAGGGUUUGUUUUUGUCAGGCUUGACUUGUUACUGCUCGGGUGACCUGAGGAACUUUUUGAAGGUAGAUCAUGUCUUUCUUCUUAUAACAAAGCUUUUUGAAUGA